CACUCCGACCCGCACUCUCUCUCUCUCUCUCUCUCUCUCUCCAUAUUCUCAUAACCUUUCCUCACAAGUAACAACCGUUCCCUCGCUUUUUCACAUUUCCCUUUCUGCCCUUUGUGGUUUGUUCGUUAUGGCUGAGAAUUUGGACGACGGUGAGUUUUGGCUUCCGCCGCAGUUUCUCGUCGACAACGACGACGACGAAACGGCCUCGUUCCCCUCGAACGAAGACUCGCUGUACCACUCUAGUGGCGACGAUUUUGUGUUUCCCUUCGGCUUCUCUACCGGGGCGGCUUCCUCUGACCUAAGCUCUCCCAUCAGUGGCUCCAGCGAGACCGAGAGCGACGAGGACGACCAUCUCCACCGAGUCGCCGAGUUGACUCACCAAGUUGCUCACUCUACCGUACAUUCCCAUUCCACCAAACCCACAGGCGGUUACGCAUCUGGUUCGCCACAAUCGACGCUAUGCGCCUUCCGGUGCAGUAAGGGGUCGAGCGAGGGAAGUCCUAGCAGCGUUUGCAACCUCUGCUCCGCAAAGGCCACAUGGGAUCUCCUGCACGCGGCUGCAGGGGAAGUCGAAAGGAUGCGCCUCUCCCAACAACAACAACAACAGCAACCACAAUUACCAUCUUACCCCUACAACCCUUCCCCUUCCAUUCCCAACACAGCCGCCGGCGCCAAUUCGGACUUUUCUUUCUACACUCAGCAGGCACUCUCCCACCAGAAGCAGUUUCAAAUUGCACAAAUUCAGAUGAUGAGGCAGCAACACGAAUCAGUGUGGGGUGGUAAAGGUGUUUACCAACAGAGGCAGAGUAACCAAAUGGGAGCAAGAAACAGAGGAGGAAGAAGUGUUAGGCCACUUGGCUUGUCUCCAUCUGCAUGGCCUUCGUUACAUGCUGCCAAGAACCAGAACAAGCACCACAAGCACCAUAAUCAGCAGCAACAGCAGCAGUACGGUUCUGGAAUGAGGGCUGUGUUCCUCACCAACCCUUCCACUACCAGGGAAUGUGCUGGCACUGGCGUCUUCCUCCCGCGUCGUGUUGAUACCCCUGAAACCAAAAAGAAGCCAGCGUGUGCGACGGUGUUGGUUCCAGCUAGAGUGGCGCAAGCCCUAAAUCUGAAUGUUGAUGACAUGGUGGGGUGCCUGCCGCAUCGAUUCAAUUCCAGUUCAAACAUGGAAGAACAUGUUGUUAGUCCAAGGCUCAGAAGCAAUUAUGUCCAUACGUCUCAGCAGAAGCGCAACAUGAGGCCCCAGCACGCACUCAACAGUAACAAUGAAAUCAAGCUGCCGCAGGAGUGGACGUAUUGAAGUUAAAUUCAUAUUCAUCCCUUUUGUUUGUAUGGGGAAAAAUGGAAUAGUAAAUCACUUCUUUUGUUAUUUGGUUUUUCGAAUUAGAGGGAUAAAAUCUAGGGUAGGAAAUUGAAAGUGUUUAGAAGGGAAAUGUAGUGUAGUCUUCUUCUACAGGGGGUAUUGUUUGUGAGGUGGGUUAUAGAUAUGAUUUUAUUUUACUAUUAUUUUAUUUUUUUGUUUUUGUUUUUUUUUUUUGGGGGGGGGGGGUGUGUGGGUUGUGGGUUGUUGCUUUCCACAAAAGGUAGAGAGUAUAGGUUGAAAAUAAAGUAUAAGUUGGGAGCCUCUGGGAAAGAGCCAUAUUGCCAGGUAGCAUUGUAGUGAUAAUAUGAUGCUUUUGUUCCUUUUGAUGGGGGCUUCGAAGGUCACAACUCACAAGCAAAAGAUGGAUGGGUCAAUUUUUGUCUUCUUCUGUUUUUGAAUUUUUAAAUGGUGUGGUGCUUUUAGUUUUGGGUUAAAGCCAGCGACGGAAUUUGAAGGGGGCUAAGACCAGAUUUGCAGAGGGGUUUUGAGGCCUUCCUUCCAAUCGUCGAGUGUAUUACGAACGGAAUCGUUUUGGGGAAUUACUUGUCAGUAAAAUUCUGAUUCCAGCCUGUCCAUCUUAAAUACUAUGAAAUAAUAAAGAAAGGAAUUUUCUUGA